AUGCUCAACAGCCACGCCAUGCAGUCCAAUGGAGAGAUGAACGGGGCACACUCCUCGCAGCCCAUGGUCUCCAGCUCCCACUGCACGCCACCCCCACCCUACAACCCAGACCCCAGCCUUGUCAGCUUUCUAACAGGAAUAGGAUGCUCGAACUGCAUUGAUUAUUUCACUUCCCAAGGCUUACAGACGCUUUAUCACCUGCAGAAUUUGACCUUGGAGGAUCUCGCAGCCCUGAAGAUCCCGGAGCAAUACCGCAUGAUCAUCUGGAGGGGCCUCCAGGAUCUGAAGCAGGGCCACGAUUACGGCGGGCAGCAGCUCCUCCGCUCCAGCAGCAACGCCGCCACCAUCUCCAUCGGGACUUCCGGAGAGCUCCAACGGCAGCGCGUCAUGGAGGCCGUGCACUUCCGUGUCCGCCACACCAUCACUAUCCCGAACCGGAGCGGAUCCGACGAAUGGGCGGACUUUGGCUUCGACCUGCCGGAUUGCAAAUCCCGCAAACAGUCCAUCAAAGAGGAAUUUCUCGAGGGGGAAAUCAACUGA